ACAGACCAGCCGCAGAUUUAAUGCUAUGACCGUCAAUUACAGUUUUGAUAAAAUAAUUGCUUCAAGUUAGGGAGAUCUCUUAUAACUGUAGUAAGUCGCCAGGAGUUAGCAAAGUAAACUACUUAAAUGUCCAACGACAAAUUUUUUACACACGAUGAAAAUCGUGGAACCUGGGCUAGCAAAUCCGAAUUUUUACUAUCUUGCAUGGGCUACGCCAUAGGUAUAGGAAACGUGUGGCGAUUUCCAUACUUGUGUUACAGGAAUGGAGGAGGUGCUUUUCUCGUUCCUUAUUUGUUAAUGCUGUUUCUUUGCGGUAUUCCGCUUUUUUUUCUGGAAACCUCUCUAGGACAAUUUGCAAGCACUGGAUGUAUCACUUUAUUUAAAAUUGCUCCAUUAUUUAAAGGGGUUGGCUUUGCCAUUGUAAUUGUGAAUGCUAUUUGCACCUCUUAUUAUAACGUUAUUAUUGCAUACCCUCUGUUCUUUCUGGCAAAUUGUUUUCAAUCAAAAUUGCCUUGGACCAACUGUGACAAUUCGUGGAACACUGAACACUGCGUUAAGUUAGGUGGUCGUAGCGCUGUGAAAAGUCACGCGAACGAAACUUUCCUUUCGCACCAAAAUGAAACAUUUGAAAAUAGGAUGAAGACUCCAGCCGACGAGUUUUUCCACUACCACAUUUUGCAAAUAUCGGAUAGCAUUGAGGAACAAGGAAGUAUCGUUUGGCCACUUCUUUUGUGCACUGUAAUAGCUUGGAUCAUAACUUACCUUUGCAUAAUAAAGGGUGUGAAAACUGUUGGCAAAGUUGUAUAUUUCACAGCAACGUUUCCUUUUUUCGUCUUAUUCAUUCUUCUAAUAAGAGGGUUAACAUUACCUGGCGCUUGGGACGGAGUAUUUUUUUACAUCUAUCCACAGUGGCAUCAACUUACAAAUUUAAAGGUGUGGGCUGAUGCUGCUUGUCAAAUCUUUUUCUCUUUGGGUCCAGGCUGGGGCGGAAUUGUUAACAUGGCAAGUUACAACAACUUUAGGAACAAUAAUCAGCUAGAUUCAAUUCUUGUGCCAAUUUUGAACUGUGGAACUAGUAUUUUUGCUGGGUUCGUUGUGUUUUCCGUUAUCGGUUUCAUGUCUCAUGAGACCGGUUUGCCGAUAUCAACAGUCGCAACAGGCGGCCCCGGACUUGCUUUCGUCACAUAUCCGGAAGCAAUCACGAUGUUGCCUUGGCCUCACAUUUGGGCGAUUUUGUUUUUUCUUAUGCUUUUCUUCCUAGGUCUGGACAGCUGCUUCGUUCAAAUAGAAGCGAUCAUUUCUAGCGUCAUUGACGAGUUUCCUGCAUUAAGGAAACACAAGAUGAUGGUAACUUUGGUCUCCUGUUUGGUUAUGAUGUUUCUGUCGUUUCUGUUUGUCACUAAUGGAGGAAUGUACCUUUUACAGUUAUUUGACUGGUAUGCUGCAUCAAUUUCGGUGAUUUUAAUUUGUUUAUUAGAAGUGUUUAUUGUUGGAUGGACAUAUGGUAUACAACAGUUUGUUAAAGAUUUAGAAUUUAUGAUACAAAGGAAAAUUCACUGGUGGUGGAUUAUUUCAUGGAAAAUCAUUACUCCUUUAAUUCUUUCGUUUAUUUUUGUAACCACCAUAGCAUUUAACACAAGAGUUACAUACAGAGGUAUUGCUUUCCCGGACUGGUCUAUUACAUUAGGUUGGUGUUCCUGCGGUGUCUCAAUUAUAUGCAUUCCUCUUUAUAUGGGCUACAGACUGUUAUAUCUAGAAGAAGGUGAUUUAAUUGCUCGAAUUCAAAAUGCUUUAAAACCAACUAUAGACUGGGGUCCCGCAAACAAGGAACAUAGAAGGGAAUGGUUUAAAGCUGUUCAUUAUGACAAAAUUGACGCUGUAACAAGACGUACCGAUCCAUAUCACGAACAGUUUAUUCAACUUGCGACAAUGAAUACUUAAAUUUAAUUUUGUUUUACAUCAAAAUAACGUUUUCACACUGUUGUCUUUACAAUUAGCAUUAAGAUGAAGACGACCCAGGAAGCGUUAUAAUUUAAUAUUACCCAUUUUAAUGCAAUAAUUGCGGAAAUUAUUGGACGUGUAAACAUACCUCAGUUUUGCAACUAGCUGCCAGUUAAUGAACGGUUUACGAAGGAUAUCUGCGUGCAAGUAAAGAAAAUCAAGAAUAAAAUUUUGCAUGAUUUUUCUUUUUUGGAAGAAUAAAAAAUUCAUUUUAAAAAAUAUGAAAAACAAACUAUGUGAGUAAACGGUCCGUUGUAAAAUAGUUUUUCUAAUAAAAAGUUUAUAAGUCAAAA